UACAAUCAUCCUUGUUCGUAUUCCUUCAUCUAUUCUACUAAACAAGUCCUCUUUGUAGAUUUAAUCAAAGAUUUGGACGACGAAUUUAUGUUAUUAUUAUUACUCUCAACUCUCUCCUCAGUAGUAGUGCUACUUUUGGUGGAUGGUAUUCCCAUCAUCACUUCAUUACCGCCAUCCAUUCAACCUUCUCCGCCCAGCUUUCCAAAUGAUCUGAAAGGCGCACAUUCAGCAACGUUCCCAGCUUUGCUAAAACAACUGGAGCAUACUGAGGAAGAGAAUUGUGAAAACUUUCUCGCAUUACCAAAUUUGCAUCACUUAUUGGAACAUGAAUUGAAGCGCAGCAAUCCACAACUUUUACUGCUGGCGCAGUUGAUCGCUGAGAAUCCUCACUCACAUCUACUUCAUCUUCCUGCAAAUGCUUCCCUAAUCUUGGAUUCGCCGUUGGCCUAUAACCUGUCGUCACCAUUGUUUGUCUUACAACUACACUGCAGCCAAGUAGGGGAUGACUUGUCACAACAAUGGAUUCCAUUGCUUAUUUAUCCAACUUCUGCUUUGGAAUUUUAUCUAACCGUACGUCUGCAACCAUUUGAUCUAAACGCUUGUACUUUACCUCAAUGCAGCAAUACAAAGUGUACAUGGACAAGACAUGGUGGUAUGCGGAUUUACGCCCGUAAGUGCUGUACCAAUGACACAUCUUUAUGUCGUGAUGCUGCGGAGCAGGAUCGCAGUAUUUUGGUGGUUUUCAAUGGAUUAUGUUCAACAGUUUGCAUUUUACUCAUAUCGGUCGUUAUCCGAGAACGACGCAGGCAUCGUGAAGCACGUGGCUGGGCGUUAAUGGAAAUUUUCCUUCUUGGUGCUGCUAUGUUAUAUGCCGUUUUAUUGCUGGAUUGGUCUAAUUCAGCUACAUCGACGUGCUGUUUUGCGGUUUGGCUGCGUCAAAUUGGUUUUUCGACGUUCUAUGGGUCAAUCGUUCUGAAAAUUUAUAGGAAUUUACAAGAAUAUCGUGUACGUAAGGCUCAUCAUGUUAUUGUGAAAGAAGAAGAUCUGAUGAAAUAUUUGGCAUAUCUCUUAGCACUGACAUUAACCGGACUUAUCGCUUGGACGCUCGGUUCAUUUGCCGAUCAGGAACUUUGGAAAAGUGCAUGGCCACAAUGUCCCAUACAGGCAUGGUGUUUGGCUUGGCAAGGUUAUGAAUCGUUAUUUCUAAUCUAUGGGAUGCGGUUGUGUUAUAAAGCUCGAAACAGUAGUUGGCUAGAACGAUGGCAAUUUACAGUGGCUGUAUGUUUGGAAGCAAUCGUCACAUUGGUUACUAACUUUAUAAGAUAUUCUAUUCGUUAUUCGGCACACAGCGACACACUGAUGACGAUCACAUUUGUACAGUUACAUUUGACUGUUUCUAUUAAUAUUGUUAUUAUCAUUGCUCCCAAAUUUUAUUUGGUUAGCUCCGGCAACACAAGGCGUACGCAGACGCUAGUAGGUACUGGCAGUAAAGCACAUCCAUCGUUGGCUAAACUUCGUGACAAUUUAUUGAAUGGAACAAUUGAUUUCGCCGAAGUGCCCAUAGUUGACAUGAAUCCAGAAGAUAUACGGGCUGAAUUGAAGCGAGUCUAUACGCAGUUGAGAAUGUACAAACUCAAAAAUUUGUAUCAAGAUAAUCCACACAUUAGUAGACGGAAAGGUGGUAAAAAAUCAAGCGACAAAAUGAUUAUUAAAAAUCGACGCAUUUCAUUACCCACAUCAAGUCCUAAAGUUAAAAGAACCGAUGAAGAUGAACGGAACGAUUUAACAGUGGAAUCAGCGCCCCAUAACGUCUUUCUUUCAACAUAUAAACUACAGUUAGAACCACAUCAGUCCGUACGUGUAUAGAAAACUACAAAAAUCGUCAGGAACGUCUAAAAUUUUAACCCGACAAUUCCGGUUGUCUGAAAUGUCGAGCAAAUUCCCUUCACUUAUUGUCCUAACAAUAAUAAUACACUCUCCCCAGUUCGAACUUGCCAUUUAACUCCUGAUUUAUUUCCCAAUAAAAC